AGCCCCAGUCCAGACACAGAACCCAAAGGAACUCCACCACGAGCGGACCAGCCAAACCCAAAACCAAAAUAACACAACCAAAACAAAGUGAUAAUCCAAUCUAACAAACCACCAAAACAACAAUAUGCAGUGCACACUCUCCCUUUCCGUGAUCGCAGUGAUUGCCAUAAUCUUCAGUAUAAACAUGACCCAAGGGGCACCCAUCAGCAGCAGCAUCAGCAGCGAAUCAGGGGCCAUUCUCUCACCAACCGAUAUCAGCGGUGAGGCUGUGCGUCAGAAGCGAGCCAGUGCGGCUUACUACAGGGGCGACUACUUCAUCUGUUAUCCCAAGAGCGAGGUCUACGGCAAUGCCUAUGGAGGCUCCCAGCGGCGCUCGGAUGAUUCUGUGGCCAGUCCACCACGGUACCUGGCCGAUGACUCCUUUGAAGCUCGCAAGGAUAGAGCCGAUGCCAGGCGCGCCGCCUACACUGAUAGCUACGGCAAAUAGGCGACUGAUCGGAAUAGCACUUUGAGUGCUAAGGAUUUCACAGGUCUAGCUUUAUGAGAUGUACAAAAUAUGUUUAUUUAUUUAUUGAAAUCGC